GCGGGGCCGGGAGCCGCGGGCAGGAGCCGCCGCGCCCGAGGCCGCCGCGGGACGGUGGUCGCCUCUGCUCCGGGAGCCGCCCCGCCCGCGACAUGGCAGCGCGAUCCCGGAGACCCUGGCUGAGCGUGGUGCUGGGGUUGGUGCUGGGUUUCACCGCCGCCUCCUGGCUGAUCGCCCCCAGAGUGGCCGAGCUCGGCGAGAAGAAGCGGCGCGGCGCCAGCCUCUGCUCCUACUACGGCCGCGCGGCGGGGCCGGGGGCGGCCCGGGGCGCGGCGGCGGCGGGCGGGCAGCAGGCGCCGCCGGGGGCAGCGGCCGUGCUGGGCGGCACGAGUUUCAGGAGCAGCCCCUGGGAGCUGCCGCCCGCUGCGGCGGAGGGCACUGUCUCCAGCCCCGCUGCCGGCGGGGAAGGGGAGCCGGAGGAGGAGGACGAAGGCGGCGAGAAGCGGAGCGGCCGGCCUGGCGGCAGCCACAACGGGAGCGGGGACUGGGGGGGCGCCCAGGGCUGCGCCAAGCCCCGCAACUUUCUCUACGUGGGCGUGAUGACGGCCCAGAAGUACCUGGGCAGCCGGGCGGUGGCGGCGCAGCGGACGUGGGCGCCCUCGGUGCCGGGCCGCGUGGAGUUCUUCUCCAGCCAGGGCUCCGCCGCGCCCCCCGGGAUGCCCCCGCUGCCCGUCGUCGCCCUGCCAGGAGUGGACGACUCUUACCCACCGCAAAAGAAGUCCUUCAUGAUGAUCAAGUACAUGCACGACCACUACCUGGACAAGUACGAGUGGUUCAUGCGGGCGGACGACGACGUCUACAUAAAAGGUGAAAAACUGGAGGAGUUUCUUCGCUCACUGAACAGCAGUAAACCUCUCUAUUUGGGGCAGACUGGUCUGGGUAAUAUUGAAGAACUCGGAAAACUGGGGCUGGAGCCUGGAGAAAAUUUCUGUAUGGGAGGGCCAGGAAUGAUCUUCAGCCGGGAGGUUCUCCGGAGGAUGGUGCCACAUAUAGGUGAAUGCCUUCGAGAGAUGUACACCACUCACGAGGAUGUGGAAGUGGGCAGGUGUGUCCGGAGGUUUGGAGGAACUCAGUGCGUUUGGUCCUAUGAGAUGCAGCAAUUGUUCCACGAAAACUAUGAACACAACCGCAAGGGUUACAUUCAAGAUCUUCACAACAGCAAGAUCCACACAGCCAUAACACUUCAUCCGAACAAAAGACCUGCCUAUCAAUAUAGGCUGCACAAUUACAUACUGAGUCGCAAAAUUUCCGAACUGCGCCAUCGGACCAUCCAGCUCCAUCGAGAAAGUGUCCUGAUGAGUAAGCUCAGUAACACUGAAGUAAAUAAGGAAGAUCAGCAGCUGGGAGUUGUGCCAUCUUUCAAUAAUUUCCAGCCUCGUGAAAGGGAUGAAGUCAUUGAGUGGGAGUUCCUGACAGGAAAGUUUCUUUACUCAAUGGUGGAGAACCAGCCACCCCGGCAGAGCCUGAGCAGCGUCCUGCGGGCUGCACUGGAUGAUACUGUGAUGCAGGUCAUGGAAAUGAUAAAUGAGAACUCCAGAUCUAGAGGUAGGCUCAUUGAUUUCAAGGAAAUACAGUAUGGGUACCGCAGGGUAGAUCCUCUGCAUGGAGUAGAGUACAUCCUGGAUUUACUCCUUUUGUAUAAAAGGCAUAAAGGAAGGAAAGUUACAGUUCCAGUGAGACGUCAUGCUUACCUUCAGCAAUUGUUUAGCAAACCUUUCUUCAAAGAAGCAGAGGAGCUGGAUGUAAAAAGCUUGCUGGACGAUACCAACAGUGACACUCAAUCUUUCUCUUUCCUUUCAAAUUCUUUAAAGAUUUUUUCCUCGUCAUUCCAAGGCACCAAAGACAUCAGGGGACACAGUGACAAGAAAAUACAUAUUCUUGUCCCUAUCACGGGAAGAUUUGAUACUUUCUCAAGAUUUAUGGAUAAUUUUGAGAAGACUUGUCUCAUUCCCAAACAGAAUGUAAAGCUGGCAAUAAUUCUCUUCAGUUCUGAUUCAGGCCAAGACUCUAGCAAACACAUAGAGCUAAUGAAAGAAUACAGCAUUAAGUAUCCCAAGGCAGAUAUGACCCUGAUUCCAAUGUCAGGAAAGUUUUCUAGAGGUUUAGCUCUUGAGAUGGCCUCGUCUCAUUUUGACAAUGACACUUUGCUGCUGUUCUGUGAUGUUGAUCUGGUAUUCACAUCAGACUUUCUCCAGCGAUGCAGAGAUAACACUAUUCAGGGAGAACAGGUUUACUACCCUAUCAUCUUCAGCCAAUACGAUCCAAAAGUAAUAUAUGGAGGCAACCCUCCAGCUGACAGUAGUUUUGUUUUCACAAAAAGAACUGGAUUUUGGAGGGAGUAUGGAUUUGGAAUUACCUGUAUUUACAAAAGUGAUCUACUUACUGCUGGUGGAUUUGAUACCUCGAUUCAAGGCUGGGGACUUGAGGAUGUAGAUCUCUUUACUAAAGUGAUAACAUCUGGCUUGAAGGCUUUCAGAAGUCAGGAAGUAGGAGUUGUCCAUAUUUUUCAUCCUGUUCAGUGUGACCCCAAUUUAGAUCCAAAACAAUAUAAAAUGUGCUUAGGGUCUAAAGCAAGUACAUUUGCCUCUACCAUGCAGCUCGCUGGACUCUGGCUACAGAAACAUUUGGGUGUCAGGUACAAUUGGACUCUCUCCUGACAACUCAGCCUAUUUGGCCUUUUUAGGGGAGUUUACCUCAUUGCUGUUAUUUGAUUUUGCUGUUGUAGUUUUAAACUCCCUCCUUAUAGUCUUCCAAAGACUGUUGACCUCAAACGGGCUGACUCUGCUGUUCACUGAUGUUUCUUAUACCUACUGAAAUGGUGAGGUGAAUUCCUUUAUAUUUCCUGUAUUUGAAAUUCAGUCUUGUCAUGGAAAUCAUACAAGCCCAUGGAGCAUAUUCAUCACAAGAGACUGUAUUAGAAGAAUGUUGUCUUUCAGCUUUUGGAUUCGGUAUCAUCUUUGUUGCAUUUCUCAGAUUUGAUGUGAUACAAAUACUUACUGGUGAAAGUACCACAAAAGUGCUUUAUGCUUCUUCUGGGGAUGGAACUCUCUAAGAUAAACUUGAGUUUUAUAAUUUAUAUGAGGACUUAUAUGUAUAAACGCUACUUUUCUUCAUCUUUAGAAUUUUUAAAGUAAAUGAAUAACUAUAACUAUACCUUUAUUUUUGAAAAAAAAGAGUAAAGCUGAGGAGCUACUUGCAAAUACAACUGGUACUGGCUACCAAGGUCCUUAAAUGUCUUAUUAUUAAAACAAACUCCUCACUGUUAUUCAGUCAAAGUAUAAAUGAACUUUAUUUUCACAACAAACAGGAUUCAAUCAAAUCCUUAUGUACACUUUGAAGAUUAUUUGAGCCAACAUCCUUCAUUUACAGGCAAGAAGAAACAGUGACUCAACAUGGUCAUUUAUGAUAAAGUGCAAGUAUACAGUGUUCUUACUUUGAAACACAUAGUAUAAGUUGCUCUUUCUCUUUUUACAAUGAGUCUGUAAUACUUAAUUUUCUUUUACAUUCCUUUCAUAAGGCUGCACUUCAGUGUUAGAAGAUAAAGCUCUAUUUUUUUGUUUUACAUUUUUCAUGAAUAUUGGUACUCAGUAGCAAUUUGUUGUUAAAAUUAAGGUAACUGUAGAAUAGUUAUUUAAGUUUCAAGAUUUACUAUUGCUGGUCAAAGUUCCUUGCCAAUAUAUUUAUAUUAGUGGAGGUUAUAAGACUGUGUUCAGAUUUAUCUCUCCAAACAGCCUGAAGCUGCCAUAUUGUGGAUUCAUGAAGUAAAGUAUUUAAAGUAAUACCAACAGAAUAAAUAAUAAAACUAAUUUCUGUAUUUUAAAGAAAUGUUUAUAUAGGGAUAUAUAUGUGUGUGUGUGUGCCUGUGUGUAUAUCCCUAUAUAUAGAUAUUUAGAGAGAGUAAUUUCAAAGUAUGUUCCACUUUUUAGUUCAGGCAGUGAUUUGUUACAAUUGUUAUUUUUCCCAAAUGCUUGGAACAUUUCAUGUUAUGCUGUGGUAAGAGCUUAGAGACAUUCAGGAAACCAUCAGAAUUCAGCUAAACUAAGUUAUUACAGUGGGUACAUCUAAUAACCUCAGUACCCUUGAUUUCAAACUAUAUUUCAAACCAGGCUGGGCAAGAAAAAGUCGUAAGUUUUUUAGCUCUAACUGACUGCUUCUGUGUUUCCUUAAAAAAAAAAAAAAAAAAAAAAAGCCAACCAAAAAAACCCCAAAACACCCCAAAACAAUUAAGUGAUUGGAAUUCACUGGCACAUCUGUUUGUGGGAAAAUACUGUCUGUGGAAAAAUAUCCAGAUAAUUUCCUGAGGCUUGAAGAGGGUAUGUAGGUCAGUUAAUGUCUCUUAUCUGUGUUCUCUGUUCUGGACUUACCAUGCAAAUGAAAAGGCAACCCUGACAAGGAUUGAGUAAAUUCAGAAUUAAAAGACUGGCCAUAGGUUAUUGUGUGCUCUAAAAAAGUCCAUUCCCUUGCCCUGGAAAAAGUAAUAAUUGUUGUAGAUGAGAACAGAGAGUGUAAUUCAUGUUUGUACCAGCUCUCCUCAAGUAGAACUCUUGGCUUGUUAUUUUCCUGGAGGCUCUUGCCUUCCUAGCCUAGCAUUGUUAGCUCAAAGGUAUGACCAAAGAAAAAUUCCCUUUCAAUUAUAAUAAAAUUCUUGGAAAUUGCUGUUCAAAUUGCAUGCAAAAGUCACAUUUUUUUUCUUAAAAAAGCCAAGAACAAGGAACCUGAUAUAUUUAAUAAAAUCUCAAUUAACCAAUGCAACUCAGAUUGUAAAUAUCAACAACUGAUUGCCUGUUGAUAAAUAUUUGUGAUGACUUCAUAAACAAGAAAAAACCUAAUGACCUAGAAAGACAUAUAAGGAAAUCAUUGUCUGCUGGGAUGUAGUCCAGUGCUGAUUUCAAUUACAUAAUUUGUGGCCAUAAAGUAUUUGCUCAGCUCAAAGUAAAAUAGUAGUUUAGAACAAGCAAUGAAACCAAUCAUUCAGUGGGGAUAAAGAUGUAUACAGAGGGCUUGCAGGAUCAGGUCCUACAUGAUAUAAGCAAAAUGCUAGUAUUUACCAGUACAAAUAUUUAUUUAGUGUCUUGACUGAUUCAUUUGUUUAUAUGAUGAAUUACUUUGUUAAAAAUGUUUAUUAUGAAAUAUUGCAUUUUCUUUUGAAAUAACUAUCCUGAGAUAACUUGAGAACUUGUGUUAGUUUGUCUAAGGAAUAAUAUGCCUUCUAAGGAGAUCAUAUUAAAAGAAAAAAAAAAAGCACAAAAGUGUAGAGUAAUGUUAUGUAUGUACAGAUUAAGACGGGAAUAUCUGUGUUAAUCAACUGUUUGCUUUUGUCUAAUCUGAAUCAUAAUCUUCAUUGUAAAAUGAAAUUUCAAUGUGUAUAAUGUCCCUUUGUAAAUGCGUGACAAGUGAAUUCACAGUAGAACAUAACAAUCAAUUUUGCCCCAAACCUCCCUCCCCUGGGAACAGUUUUCCUGCCGUAAUUGUUGGGAAGUGGGUUGUGAACAUCUCGCACUUUGGCUUUUCAGACACAGCCAUUCUAAAAAAAAAAUCUCAGCAUUCACUACUCAGAAAUGCUAGAAAUCCCCAAACUACUGCAUCAUGGCAUGUUUUCCCAGUCACAGUGCUUAACAGAGCAUUUGCAUCUCCUGGAUGAAGGAAAAACAACAUGUUGGGCUCUCUGAGAGUUGAUUGUACUCUGCAUCAGGGUACUGGUUUUCAAGCUGAAAAAAGGCAGAAGGCCAGGGGGAGAUGUGAAGCUCAGCCGUGGGAGUUGGCACCUUGUGCCCGAGUUACCCCUGUGCUGCCACCUGUGCUGCCCACAGCCUAUCUUGGAACUAUGAGUUGGCAGCUCAAACAAGCACAGAAGAGCUGUGCUUGCUGCCAUCAGCUGCUCUUGAGAAUCAAAAGGGCCAUUUUAAUCAGGAAAGAAUGAAAGGAGGGUCCCAAACUGGGGAUUCAUUGAGUGGAGUUGUCUUGUGCAGAUCAUGUUUCUCACUGUCCUCAGGGGAAAAGACACUGGUCCCACAUGGCUUCCCUCUGUUUGCACUCUAAGGGCUUUGAAGGAUGGGGCAAAACUUCAUGGGGCUCAUGGACCUGCAUCAUGUACUUGGAUCCUGCCAUAUCAUGGGACAUGUAGGGGGGAAAGGUGCCACAUGGUCUUCCUAAAGAGCAGUACAGAGAGAGAGGCACCUUCUGCACUCAGUUCUUGCUGUGCACGAAUGCCAGCUGUGCACAAAACUGCCUUCUGGAGGCUUUGCUCUCUGUGUGCUUGAUAGUACUUCAAGAUUCUUCCAAAAAAUUACAGUGCUGAUAAAAUGACUCCUAGGAGUGUACUGCUCAUCCUCAGUAACUGGAGAGUUGCAAGCAGCAUGAGUUAAAACCACUUUUUUUAAUCAGAGGGAAAUAAACAAUUUAAACUUCUUUUGAUGUCUUAAAUAGUCACUACAAUUACUUAAGAUGCAGUUUGCUACAUCAAACAUUUUGCUCCAAGGAAUGAUGCCAGCUUUAAGGCACAAAAAAAAACCCCACAUGUGUAGUCUAUAUCUUAUUUUCUUGCAACUUGAAAUCAGUUAAAAUUUAUGGGGAUAAAACAGGGAUUAGAAAUUGGUGAGUCACUGACAGGGGAAAGGUUUAUCUUUCUGCUGUAUUUUUAAAAGCUAAUCAAAUCAGGAGAAAAAAAAUACUGUGUUAGAUACACACAAAACUUAGCUCUGAUGUUAAGUAGCGGUGAUAGUUGUGGUCCUAAAAUGCAGCAAAAUGAGAUGUUUCACUAAGUCUACCUAUUUACAAGAACUGAUUAUCACUGAAGGUUUUUGUCUGUUGUACAUCUGUAAGUAACAUGUAAUCCAUUUUUAAUUAAUUCAUUUCUAAGAAUAAUUUAAAUUUUCUUCCAUCAGCAUUUAUUCAUUUGAUUAAUAAGAUGACUUGUCAUGACUCACUCUCAAUUUCCUAUUCUACUUUUUCGUGCGUCUUCCCAUUUGCAGUAUGUCUUACUACAGAAUUUAAACUUUUUGAGCUAAUAUAUUACAUUUCUGUUACAGUUUUAUGAUUUCACUUCCAUGCAAAACUUCUGAACUAGAAGAUUUUAGUAAACGAGUUUCCAAGACUACUUCAAAUUGUUUCCAUUUGCCUGUCACUGUAAAUUAAAAGUGUUCUGAAUAUUUUUACUUCAUUUUUUUCCUCUGGUCUCCUUCAUACCAGAAUCACACUAAAGCAAGGAUAUACAAAAACUUUGUAAGGCUUACAUCUAGGAAAAUUAAAGAACCAGGGGAUUUCUGAAAUCCCUUUUUCCCCCCCUUUUUUUAACUUUUUUUUGGUUUUUUGUUUUGUUUUGUUUUGUUUUCAAGUCUCUUAUCUCAAAUUUCAAAACCUUACUUAACAGUUCUGUAAUUUUAAUUAAAGAAAUAAUGGUUAUCAAGACGUAAGGCAGCGCAUAUAUUAGCUCCAUACUACAAACUGUCAUUUUACAUCCUUAUUUUCUAGUCACUUUAUUAUUCAACAGAUAUUUUCUAUUUAUAAGGAUGUUGAAGAUAAAUGAAAAGCAUCCUUGCUGGUUCAGUAUUUACCUAGUCUUAGAGGAGAGCUUAACUAUGUAGGCAGAGUUCCAAAGAUGUUAUAUACUGCAAGCUGCUGAUUCAAUAAAGAUAUUCCUAAAAGACAUGUAUUCUUGCUAACAUUGAUGCCAAACACUUCUAUUUAGAGCAGGUAAAUUACCUUCAGGUGAUUUCUGUAAAAAAAGAAAAAAAAAACUUAAAAAAUUUAAAAAUGCUUGUGCUUGAGAUUAUUAACAUUGUUACUACUGGUUAUUUGGGAAGCCUUUAUGACUUGCUCUCAUAUUUGAUUAGGGUUAUAUGGAGCAAUAAAUUAUGCUUGUUUUUCACAUUUGUCCAUAAACUGUUGGCUAAAGGAAAGAAAAGCUAACUAACUGCUUUGAAGAUGGUGGUCGAAUUGUGAGUGACCAGAGGGAGAACUGCUUGGUGUAGUUCAACUUUGAAACCAAGACUGAGACCUACUACCAGGAAAGGACAAUUUCAGCGUAAGGAGUAGCAGCCUGAGUUUGUGCAAGGUAUCAUGGUAUCUGGGGAUCCACCUUAAUGCUUAGUGAGUGAUUGCCAGGAGCAGGCACUGUGCAGUCUGAAUACAAGGCUACCAGCACUUGCAGAAGUGAGGAAUGCAGUAAAAUAUGUUUCACAGGUGACAGGAUAGAUAGUAAGGAUGUAGAUCCAGAUACCUGUGUAUCUUUUCUUAUUUUAAGAGUGUAGAAGAUAAAAUAUAUUUAAAAAAGAAGAACUCUGCUUUACUUUCUUCCUGAAAGCUUUUCCCCUUGUACAUUCCACUUGUACAUGCUGAUCAGCAAGCCCAUGUUUUUGGAAGUGAUAGCUGAGCUGGCAAUUUUUAGUCCCUCCUCUUCUCUUUUUAGAUAUGAAGCACUUUAUUAUUAUUUAAUUAAGUUGGAUAUUUGACAGCUUUGUGUCAUAGAUGCUUUAGUGCUUUGUGACUAAAAUACUUCAGUUUCCCAUUGUAUCUUCAUAUAUUGGACUGUUACAUGGCACAUCACUGCUUUAAAUUAUGAGGUUCCUUUAAACAAAGGCUUCUGGACAGUAGUUUUCACCAGAUGUAACCUUGCAACCACAGCUGUAUGGAUGAAACAAAGUACAUUCAGGUAUGGUAAUUUAUUUUUUGCAUUCAUACAAUGGUUUUGUUUGGUAGAAAAUUCAAAAUGAAUAUGAGUUAAAAUUGAAUAUUUUUUGGUGACAAAGUUGAGCAAAUCUGUUUAACUGGGACCAAGCCAUUGCCCCCAGCAUGUGCUGUUACUGGAAGACCUCCAGAAACUACCAAAAAGGUGUUUUUAACCAAAAAGGUUACAGGGAGAUGUCUCUAGUAAAACUGAAUGGGAAACACUGUUUUGCACUUCAGAACAGCUGGUAACAGAAGAUCUAACUUUUCUGUAAAAAUAUAUCAGUCAUAACUUCUGCCAUAGUCAACUGAUGUUUAAGGGACAGACACAAGGGCGCUCAUGUGUGAAGGAGACCAGAUAGAUCAAGAUUUAACAUGGAAUACCCUUAGAAGAGAGUCCAUUCUGAAAGAAAUAUGGAUGUGAACGAAGGACCAUGCAAGAAACCGAAAAGAAGAUUCUCUUCUUUUUCCUUUAUCCUUGACAUGGUGCUCUGCUCAUCAGGGAGCUACCAGGUCUUCCUGGAUUGAGCUUGGCACCAGGCAAAAGAAGCACUAAAAAUAAAGCAUAAAUGCUGUGUAUAUGACAGGACCAGAUACUGGUGGGUGAUGGGAAAGAAAGUGCGUGGGAAAACAUAUAAGGAGCCAAGAAAAUAAAUUUUUUUUGAAUGUGAAGUAGAAAGAUAGUGUGUGUGUGUGUAUGUGUGUGUGUGUAUGUGUGUGUAAGCUAUUCUACUAGCUCUGAUACGUAGAAGAAAAAGUGAUUAAUUAAAGGACAUAGAUUUGAAAGGAAGAAGAAGACACAGUACAGGAAACAGAGUACACAUCUAAAUUUAAUUACAGUAGCCAUAAAAGUUUAUGUGAAAAAAUAGCACAAGAAAUAUCAGGAAAGAAACUGGAGGAAGACAGGGAGAAU